AUGCCUCCCUCCAACUGCUUCCCUGUCCCCAACCCCGGCGAGUGUUUCUGGCAAACCGAGCCUCAUGAAUUGAACGACUUUCGCUCUACCGAGCAGCUCCCCGAGCACGCCGACAUUGUCAUUAUCGGUGCCGGUUACGCGGGCGCCAGCACCGCCUACCACCUGCUGCGUGAUCACGGCGAGAGGAUCAAAUCUAUCACCAUUCUGGAAGCUCGAGGAGCAUGCUCUGGUGCCACCGGUCGCAAUGGCGGUCAUCUCCGACCGGACUUUUACGGUCACAUUCCAACCUACGUCGAUCGCGCUGGGGUUCGUGCCGGGGCUGAGAUCGCCGAGUUUGAAAUCUCCCAUCUACACGCCAUGAAGAAGGUCAUUGAGGAGGAGAACAUCGACUGCGACUUUACUCUGGCGCGGUCCAUUGACGUAUGGUGCAACGAGGAGGCAGCACAAAAGGCCAAGGCCGUCUAUGAGCGCAUGAAGUCGUUGGACCUGGAGUAUAUGAAUGACGUGGCCUUUUACACGGGCAAGAAUGUCGAGGGAAUCUGUGGUGUCAAAGGUGCCUUGGCCUGUGCCUCGUUCACAGCGGGCACGAUGUGGCCGUACAAAUUCAUCCUGCAUAUCCUCAAAUCCUCUCUCGCGACCGGCAAGCUUAACUUGCAAACAUUCACCACGGCGACUGCUAUCAAGCCCAGCACUGAGGGCGGAUACAGCAUUGAAACCCCCGCGGCACAAUUCACGCCGGCACCGUCAUCCACGCCAACAAUGCCUACGUCGCCGAAGAACAUUAUCCCCUGCAAGGGAAUUUGCUGUCGUAUCACUGUUCCCGAGGGAACCACUGCUCCGCUAUUGAACAACUCCUAUAUUAACCGAACGGAAGACAACACCCUAUCAUACCUGAUUCCCCGUCCUGAUGGCAGUAUCAUCGUCGGAGGCGCGUCAUCCAAGUUCCGUCCGUUCCAGGACCAGUGGUACAACAACGUCGAUGAUAGCAUUCUCAUUGACUCGGCCAAGGACUAUUACGACGGGUACAUGCAGCGGACAUAUCGAGGGUGGGAAAACAGCGGGGCCCACGUUGACAAGAUCUGGACGGGAGUCAUGGGAUAUUCCUAUGAUUCAAAUCCCCAUAUUGGAGCUGUGCCUGGCAAGAACGAUCAGUUCAUUCUGGCCGGAUUCAACGGACACGGCAUGCCGGUAAUUUGGCGGUCGGCGCAGGAGUUGGCGCGUAUGGUGGUGGAGAAGACGACACAAUUCCGCAUUGACCGUGCGAUGAACGGAAAAGAGAGCGACGGAGAUAUCUUAGGGACGGGCAACUUUCCUUCCACGAAGCCAUGA